AUGAUGAAUCUCCGUUUGGAACGGGAUGGCGGAGAGCUUAAAUGCACAACCUCCACGGUUGAUGUAAUAAGUGGAGCCUGCGGGUAUGGGAACUUGUACAGCCAGGGCUACGGCACCAACACCGCCGCGCUGAGCACCGCCCCCUUCAACAACGGCCUGAGCUGCGGGUCGUGCUACGAGAUCUGGUGCGUCAACGACCACCAGUGGUGCCUCCCCACGACCAUCGUGGUCACCGCCACCAACUUCAGCCUGCCCAACAAUGCGCUCCCCAACAAUGUGGGCGGGUGGUGCAACCCCCCACUCCACCACUUCGACCUCUCUCGGCCUGUCUUCGAGCACAUUGCCUGGUACCGAGCCGGUAUUGUGCCGGUCGCGUACCGGAGGGUGCCCUCAGGGUGCCCAUCGAUACGAUGA